GAGGAGAGAGAGCAUCGUGGAUGCUUUUCACUCAUUUAACAACAGCAACAACAAAACUUGUUGAGUAAUAGUAAGCACUGGCCAGAUUUCCUCACCUGUAGGAGGGAGAUAAGACUUACCCGCGUCCCGGGGAUCUUGUGAGGACUGAAAUGACAUGAGUGUGCAGGGCACGUAGAGUUGCUCAAUGUACCUUACCCUCCACUUUUGAGAGCUGUAAGGAUGUCUGACAAGAACCAGAUAGCUGCCAGAACUUCCCUUAUUGAGCAACUAAUGUCUCAAAGGAAUUUUGAGGAUCUUGGCAACCACCUUACUGAACUAGAAAUGAUUUAUGUGACUAAGGAGCAUCUCCAGGAGACAGAUGUGGUCAGAGCUGUGUACAAUGUCCUCAAAAACUGCCCCUCAGUGGCUUUGAAAAAGAAAGCCAAGUGUUUGCUCUCAAAGUGGAAAGCUCUUUAUAAGGAUACUCACUUCAAACCAAGGGACAGCCCUAAGUUAUUGCCUAUGGGUGAUAAUAAAGAAAAAAAUUCAGGACUUUCUCAUGAUCCAAGUCAGGAUGAGAUAGUGAGCGUCUGCAGUUCUAAUUCUCUGCUAUCACCCCAAGAUGUUGCAAAACCCACCAAACUGAUUGUGCCCGAAAAUAGCACUAUUCAAGUGGAUCCUAAGGAAGAGCAUUUCAAGGGUGAUGACCCUAAAUCCACUGGCAAGAGAUCAAGUGAGUUGCUGGAUCCCACAAUGCCUGUGAGAACCAAAUGCACAGAGCUUCUUUACACAGCUUUAACUAGUUCUUCCACAGAUCAGCCAAAAGCCGAUUCAUGGCAAAACUUUGCAAGAGAAAUAGAAGAGCACGUUUUUACCCUUUAUUCAAAGAACAUCAAAAAAUAUAAAACAUGUAUCAGAAGCAAAGUUGCCAAUUUGAAGAACCCCAGAAAUUCUCACUUACGACAAAACUUGCUUUCUGGAACUAUGUCUCCAAGAGAAUUUGCCCAAAUGACCGUCAUGGAGAUGGCAAACAAGGAUCUGAAGCAGUUGAGAGCUUCCUACACAGAAUCUUGUAUCCAGGAACAUUACCUUCCCCAAGAGAUUGAUGGCACACAGACAAAUAAAAUAAAAUGCGGACGCUGUGACAAAUACAAUUGCAAAGUCACUGUAAUUGCCAGAGGAACACUUUUCCUUCCAAGCUGGGUGCGGAAUUCAAACCCAGAUGAACAAAUGAUGACCUAUGUGAUUUGUAAUGAGUGUGGGGAGCAGUGGUACCAUAACAAGUGGGUGUGCUUGUAAUUGUAAGUGUUCUCUUAACAGAUAACCUGAGUGAUACCUUUUGUUUCUACAGCUCUUUUGUGUUUGUUUUUAAAAUCUUAGACACACUAUUCUUAAAACAGUCCUAAGAAGAAGGAAAGAAAGUCAUUUGCUGAAGCUCAUGCCACCAUCACUAAAAGUUAUAGUUUGGGGAGAGAGCGGAUGACUAUUUGCAUUGUGCUUUGUGGCUGUUUAGCACCUUGCUAUGUGCAGAAUGUAGUUGACAGCAGCUCAGCCUAACCUAGGAGCCUGUUAGAAAUGCAGACUCGGUCCCCAUGCUUCUGAAUCUGCAUUUUGUUAGGAUCCCCAGGUGAUGCUCCGGGAUAAUUUGAGAAGCGCUGCUUCAGCAAUAGGCCUGUGGUUCUCAGCAGUGGCUGCAUAUUAGAGUCACUGGGGAGCUUUGAAACUCUACCGGUGCUGAGGGCCCACCCUAGAACAAUUCAGUCUGAACCUGCUAGGCCUCAACAUUUUUUUCUUUCUUUCUUUUCUUGGCAGCUGGCCAGUACCAGGAUCUGAACAUUUGACCUUGGUGUUACAACACCAUGCUCUAACCAACUGAGCUACCUGGCCAGUCCUCAACAUUUCUUUUUUCAUUCCUGAAGUUAUUUUAAGAUGCAGUCAGAGUUGAGAACUACUCAUAAAUAGACUGUCAUUUGAUCAUUUUUAUAGUUCUAAGAAAAGUGUUAUUCUGUGCACUUCACAGAUGAGGAAACUGGUCCACAGAGGUGCCUGACAUGCCCAAGCCCGACUCAAACUGAUCCCAGAUUUUCUUCCCCAAUUCACAGUCUGAGACUGGCUCAAUAUUGAGAAAUGUAUUCCUGGAGAUAAAGGACUAAAUUAAUAGUGUCUUUAGGCACUAAUGUAAGAUGACUAGAACUUCAUUAUUUUCUCCUCCUUUUUCUCACCUUACAGAUCUCCCUUAAACCAUGAAAGUUACCCUAUAACUCAUCCCACAGUUAAAAUUUUGUUUACA